AUGGAUCAAGAAGUUGACAGCUGCAGCGACACGAGUGUUCGAGUCAACGACCUGCGUCCAAUGAUCCCUCUGGAGAAGGAAGCGUUAGCGGCAUGGGUACGAGGCACUCUUGUGCUGGAAGAGCCUCCAGGCUUCAUCCAAGCGACCCACAGUAAGGCAAUGAGAGCCUCAUUUCUGCAGUUCUUUGAGCAGAAUCUGCAAGGAAGACUCGCAGCGACAAUCCCUCCGGAGGUUUUCAUAGCCAAUCACACCGCCGAGACUACCCUGCUCAUAGAACUACGGAUGGCGGAAGUUGAAGACCUUUUCGACAAAAGAACCACUCUUGGAACAGACCGAGGCUGGGGAAAAGAAAGUGACGACCACCAGACAGACCGAAGAGACAAGCGCAAAGCAAAGCAAAGCACCACGGUCAAACAAGCGACCAAGGCAGGGUCAAAGUCGGAUGGCUGGCACAACUCAGUAGGCGGGAAAAUCAACUUCGGCAGAGCGAGCUACAACGCGACUCAGCAGCAACGAGAGCGAUCAGCAUCGCUGGGCGCCAAGCCGAAGACACAAUCCAGUAGUAAGCCACACUCGAGUCAAUCUACGGGCAACAAUCCAGCCAUGGGUAAGAACGAUGAUAGCAGAGCUACGAAGGCGUCAUUGGACAGCAACGGCAAGCCGAAGAGUGGAAAGGCAUUUAAGACAGAAGAAAGUGGAAGAGCGUAA